AUGGCGCCCGCACAACCCGAACUCAAGAAGUACCUCGACAAGAGGCUCUUCGUCCAACUUAACGGCAGCCGCAAGGUCAUCGGUGUUCUCCGUGGCUACGAUGUCUUCCUGAACAUUGUUCUGGACGAUGCUGUUGAGGAGAAGGAUGGUGGUGAGAAGGUCAAGCUUGGCAUGGUGACCAUCCGUGGUAACUCCGUCGUGAUGAUGGAGGCCCUCGAGAGGAUCGGCGGCGACGAGAGGGGAGGACAGCGCGGCUAG